GGCUAGAGUCUGCAACAAAUAGGCAAAAUUGUGUGCUCCCGGCCAGCCACAACCGGAUCAACAAGGAACUUGCAGCUUUGCAGAGUCAGGGGAAUGCAACUGAAAUCACCCUAACAUCGUUGUUUACCCCCUAUUUAAACCAAUCUGCAGGGACUUCCCCCUAAAAAAAAACAACUUGGAAAAUCUGUUGUCUGAGCAGUUAUCGAGCAGCGACUCUCUUUCCCUGCGCUGGAGAGUCUGGUGUGUUGUAUUUUUUUUUCCCCCCCUGUACGCGACUUGCAGUUUAUUUAUUUGUAAUUGUCUUGCGGCAGUCUAUUCCAUGGUUUAAGCUGGGGUCUGUAUGGAAGUACUAAGAGCCAGGUCCGAGGAAGACACGUGUACUUUCCGUCAAUCAGCAAUGCUUUUCCACGGAAUCUCUGGGGGCGAGAUCCAGGGAAUCAUGGAGGAAAUGGAAAGGAGAUCCAAGACGGAUUCCCGUCUCGCCAAAGGAGUGCAGAUGAACGGAAGGGAAACGACAAUGCCUUCUGUUAAUUCGGAGAAACCCGCCCUGUGUGCCGGCUGUGGGGGUAAAAUUGCAGAUAGAUAUUACCUGUUGGCUGUAGAUAAACAGUGGCACCUCAGGUGUCUCAAGUGCUGUGAAUGUAAACUCGCUUUGGAAUCAGAACUGACUUGUUUCGCCAAGGACGGCAGCAUUUACUGCAAGGAGGAUUACUACAGAGUUCACUUCGAGUCCCUGAUGCAGGGAGACUAUCACACACAGCUUAACUACACGGAGCUGGCGGCCAAGAGCGGGGGUCUCGGUUUGCCCUAUUUCAACGGAACAGGCACCGUGCAGAAAGGACGACCCAGGAAAAGAAAAAGCCCUGCCCUAGGAGUCGAUAUUUCAACUUACAACCCAGGGUGCAAUGAAAACGACGCCGACCAUUUGGACCGGGAGCAGUCCUACCCCCCAACCCAGAAAACCAAGCGUAUGCGCACCUCCUUCAAACACCACCAGCUUCGCACCAUGAAAUCCUACUUCGCCAUAAACCACAACCCAGACGCGAAAGACUUGAAGCAGCUCGCUCAGAAAACCGGCCUGACCAAAAGAGUUCUGCAGGGAGAACAAAUCUUGGGGCAUUACAGCCACACUUCCCGACGUUUGAAAAUUCCCUAGGUAUUUUAAGAAGGGGAAAGGUUGAUCGGAAUUCAACAACAGUGAAGACAAGGACUAUAUUAGCACACAAUUAAAUAUCCUAAAACUUUAUUCAGAUACAUAACUACAAUAAGCAUCCAAAAUGUCAUUUGCUUGAAUGUUUAAGCUAAUGUAGGACGUAACGUGUUGUAUAUCUUUUACUUUUAAGCUACCAGUGGACAUACAUGUAGAAAAAAAACUAUAAUAUGCAUUGGACUUCAUUUUAAAGGAUUAGAUUGUGAUUAGGGCAGGCAGUCUGAUUUCCAGCGCACAGUCGAGCUGACCAAUUAAAGGGACAUACAUUUUUCUCACUUUCGUGGCACGGACAUGAAAUACAAAGCUUUGUCUGUAUUAUACAAAUCUACCUGUAUAAUUAAUUUGAUAUACAUUUGUAACGUGGAGAGUUGGUUAUGAUAAUUAUAAGCGACAUUCUUAUAACAGGGAUUAUUGAUGUAAGGUUUUUUUGAAUGAAAUAGCUCAAGCCCUUCAAGCCCACAGGCAACAUUUUGGUGUUUCUGGUUGUAAAACAAAUUUGAGAAACAUUGUGCAUGCUAUGAUAAUACUUUCUCUAAAUUCUUUUAAGUAUCAAAGGGUCGGAUGUUAUAUUGUCAGUACUGUUUUUUGGGUGAUGUAUACAUUUUCAUUGGUUGAUGUUAAUUGUAAUAAACAGCUUUCAGUAUUGAACAAGUUUGCUUGCUUAAUGCAACAAAUGAUUUUUUCUAAGAAAAAAAAUGGCUUUUAUACAAGAUACCACACGAACUGAAUUAACAUGUGUUUUGAAUAAAUUAUUAUCUUCCUCUACA